AUGUCACAAUUUAAGUUUUCCGUAAUUGCUGUUGUAUUCUGUAGCUUGGCCGUACUUGGUAAUGGCGAAAUAACUGUACCUCCGACGAGUAUUAUUAACUUAGUAUCAUCUUCGGGUACAUCAGAUGCUACACCGACAUCAGUUACCGCUGGCGCGAACCUUUCACCUUCUUCGUCUUCAAAGGCGCCGGUGUCGCCCUUGGAAACUGCCUCUAUCACAUCAGAACCAACUUCUAACGCAGUACCUGCUGCCAGCCCUGCUAAACUAAAUACAACAACUUCUAGUACAACUAGCACUACUACACCUGCACCUACUCCUGCCCCAACUCCAGCUCCUACUCCUGCGCCAACUCCAGCUCCUACUCCGGCUCCAACUCCGGCACCAACACCGGCACCAGCCCCGAAACCCCUUCCACCUCCAGAACCUGGAAUGUGGUCAUACUCUGACAAGGCCACUAAUAUUACAUGUAUUUUAGUGCAGUUUGCAGCACAGCUGAAUGUCACAUAUAAUAAGGAAAACAGCAACACAACCGACCACUUCCAACUGAACGUACCGAAGAACGCUACAGCCGUGAAUGGUAGCUGCGCAAACGACACGCAAUGGAUCCAGUUGAGCUGGCCAGCUACUGAAAACAGCUCCAAUACCAUGCUUCUGGUGUUCCAGGUCAAUCAAACCACCAAGUGGUAUGAACUGAAGAGCCUUAACGUCUCCCUGGUGCCGGAGGUGUUCCAUAAUUCAUCCUUCAAAGAGGCCGUAGAACUCUGGCAUGGUGUGGAAUGGCACAGCCCUCUAGCUACUUCUUACCGAUGCGCACCUCCCACUUACUUCAACCUGUCCUCUGAGGCUGCUAUUGUCGUCGCCAAGUUGACCCUCAGCCAGCUCCAGGAAGAGGCUUUCAGAUCUGGCAAGGACAAAGUCUUUAGCGCUGCUCGCGAGUGCGGCGGUGAUGAUCUCCCCGACGCAGUGCCCAUAGCUGUGGGCUGUGCGUUGGGCGGUCUCGUUGUGGUAGUUCUGGUCGCUUACCUCGUUGGACGACGCCGCUCUGCUGCUAGGGGAUACCUCUCUAUGUAA